AUGUCGAAGACGUACCACGCGCUGCUGCUUCGUCAAGUUGACCAGGUGCAUGCCUCGCACAAUACAUUUUUGCCUCAGACCCCAACUUCGCAUCAUCCCCUUGAGAAGGAAGCUUGGGCGUUUGCCGUUAUCAAAGGAGCGGAUGACUCGUCGCCGAGAUGGAAACACCUUUGUGUAUUGGCUGGCCUCCUCGUAGGCUUUGCAGGCCAGGCGCAAGUCUCAAUCUCGCUGUCACUGCGACGCUCUCUUGAAGCUAGUAUUGUAACGGCAGCCAAUAUAGCUAUGCGAGAUCGAGAAACCAAGAGCGAAUUCGCAGCAAAUAGUCUAGCGGUGCUGCUGAGCCAUGUCUUUGAUCUUUUGAGUGAUGGAAAGCGAUCUGAUUUCGAUCAUGGCCUUUUACUACCAAUUGUUGUCCACACUUCUCUAUUCUCCAAGGAUGGUUUACACUCAGGAUAUUUCCUCAGCACAAUGGACGCUGACAUCAUUCAAGUCACUCAUUCCAGAUUCGACUGGUCGAACAAGUCGACUACUUACGUUCAAUGUCAACGUCUUGCAAGUGGGCCCGUGAUGACUUGUCUAGGACCGCUAUCACGGCUGGCGGCGCUAUCCAUUGACAAGGUGGCAGAUAUGGACACUCUUACUAGUUUGAUGAAGGACCUUUUAUCCUUCUCGAGGUCGCUUCAUGUCCAAUGGCGACAGAAUAAACUGUGCGAGAUCGAUGCUGCAGAGGAAGGCGAGUUUCUGACGGAAAAUACCUUGAGGCAGACUCUGCCCCUCCUGUGGCGGUCGUUGAAAUCUGCCGUAUUUUCGAUCUUGGUACUCAUGAGAGCGAUACUUGGUCGCGUGCUGAGUGAUAGGGGGCUGCCAGCAGAUCUUGCCCCUUCCUUUGCCCUGCAAUCUCUUCAUAUUUUGAAGAAUCUGCACUUCAUUUCAUCCCGCGGGACUCGUGGGAGCUUUUCUCAGUACGAAUUCGCUCGCUUGACGGCUGUAGACAUCUUAUCGCAAUUUCCCGUACAGGCUGAAGCUUUCCUGAAAGAUAUCAGACCAUCGCAUGCAGGCAAAAUGUCUGGGCAUCCGUUAGAUCGAUGUCAGGACUUCUUCUUUUUGAACACUGCUGAGCAGCUUGCUCUGAUUUUACCCGUCGAUGUUGCUGAAAUGUUGCUGAUACCUGCAGCCACAGCCUAUCUUGGUUUGGCAAGUGAUGAUAGGCUUCUGCAGAUUUUCGAAGCUGCGCACAGCGUUAUGUUGGCUGUCUUUUCAGUCCCAGGCAACAACAUGCUAUUAGCAAGGCAUGUACAUCCCUAUCUCGAUAUUCUCUUCAAUGUCUUCCCAAAGCCAGUGUCAGCAAGGCAAUUUCGCAUGGCAAUCAAGACUCUAGUUCGCGUCACUUCGCAGCCGUCAUCGCUCGUCUCGAACGAUUCAUUCCUUCCUUCUAUCAUAAUGGAGCUUGUGAGGUCUCGUCUGGAAGUUGCUGCAACCACGCUUUUAGAGAAUGACCUUCGAGACCAAUCUUCCGCCUUACAGCCGCAAUUGCUCUCGGAGCAAUCAGCUUGUGAACUAGCGCUGAUUGAUUCUCUACCUCUGUUGCCAGUUAAUCAAUUAGAAGGAUGGCUCACCGUUGUCGCUGAAUCCUUGUCACUUGUAAAGGAGCCUCCACAGGCAGAUAUUUGCCAGCAGAGAUUCUGGGAAAUUUUGAACGAUGGCGAGAUGGAUGUCGAUCGUGCCGCACUUUGUCUGGCUUGGUGGACUACAGAGGGUGGUUGCGGUCUGGUCAUGGGCGAAAGUCUCCCAGAACAGGAAAGGGCUAUGAUGAGCGGCGCUCUUGUCGAAGACAGCAAGCUCUGA